AUGACCAUUCAGGUCAAAGCCCGAGUGCCGGGAAGUAUAUACUCAGACCUGAGACGGGAGGGCGUACUUAAGGAGUCCCUACUGUCCGGCGAUAAUGACCUGAAGUAUCGGUGGGUUUCGUACGACAACUGGAGUUUUGAGCGAACAUUCAAUGUCGACGAGAAGCUAUUGAGCAAACAAUAUGUGUAUUUAUUAGCCAACGGUAUCGACACUGUCAGCGAAGUUACCGUAAAUGAUCAGCUUAUAGGCCGCACAGACAAUCAGUUUAUACGGUAUAAGUGGGAUAUUAAAAAACUGCUAAAAGUGGGACAAAACACGGUUCGUGUGUCCAUACAGUCGGCGCCGUUGUAUUCAAUUGAAAAAUCUAAAGAAUACGAAGAAAAAUACAAGUAUAAAGUUUUCCCAUGUACCAAAACAGAUAAUAAUGAGUGUAAUUUCGAUUUCAUCCGAAAAAUGGCCGCUUCUUAUAGUUGGGAUUGG